AUGCAUGCUGAUAAAGAAUUCCCAUUUGUCUACUUGCCGGCAGCAUUCAGAUCUAAUCAGUUCAUCCACUUAGUCCUUUUCAUGUGCUGGCCUGCCAUUAGCCCAUGGAGUAAUGCGGACAUGGGAAUCAUCACGCUUCAGAGCUUCAGCGCGCAACUCAGGUUUCAAGGAUCGCCGCAGGAUCUUAGCAGCGAUGUUCGAGUAGUUUAUGUAAUUAAGACCGGCUUGUCUCCAGGCACUCAUUUUGUGUUUUUUUGCUAAGUUUUACAACUUGCAAAGUAGUGUCCUGCGAAUCCGAAGGAAAAAUCGAAUUUCGAAUAGGUCGGAUUGA